AUGCCACUGGCAGCAGAGCCAUGUCUGACAUUGGGCUGGUGCGUCCAGAUCGAGGCAGUGGUGCGGCGCGUGAAAUGGCUGACGCAGCACGACGCCAAAGCCAAGCUGCUGGUCUUCAGCACGUGGGCGGAGGUGUUGUUGCUGCUGGAGCACGCGCUGAAGACCAACAACGUCCCACAUGUGCGGCCCACAACGCGCAAGGCCUUCGACGCAGCCCUCGCCACCUUCAAAGAGGCGCCGAGUGAAGGGACGGGGCAUGUGCAGACCCUGCUGCUGCUGCUCAAGCAGGGAGCCAACGGCCUCAACCUCACAGAGGCUCAGCAUGUGCUGCUGGUGGAGCCGGUGCUGGAUCCCGCGGUGGAGGAGCAGGCCAUUGGCAGGAUCCACCGCAUCGGGCAGUCGGCCGCCACCACCGUGCACCGCUUUGUGGUCAGCGCCACCGUGGAGGAGAACGUGCACAAGAUCUGCUCCGCUCGCGCGGCCGCCAUGGACAUGCGCGCCGCCGUGCACCGAGUCGAGGCGCCCCUCACCGGCAUCCGUUUUACACCUUCUGGGCUGACAGGAGACUGA